AUGGCUAGAGGAAGAAACAACAACAACAACAACAACAAUAUUAACUUUGAUCGUGCUGAAAUUUUUAGAGAUCUCAAAGUAGAACUGGAACAACAAUUUCAAAAUAUUAUUUCAUCCCCUGCUGUCAUUCCAUUCAAGAUUCAAGAUAGAAAUUUACCUACACUUGAUGUUAAGAAUCAUGCCAACAACUUGUCAAACUUCUUUCAAGAAGAUCAUCACAUGUUAUUAUCUAACUCAUUAAAAUAUGCUUUUACAAAUGAUAACAUUAAUAUCAAUGCCGAUAACAGUCAAAUUAUUCCAGCUCCAAUUCCACAUUAUAUUUUGCCUCCUGGUAUAAAUGAUGAAGACAAGUUUGAAUUAUUUAACAAUGCUUAUGAGAUUAUACAUCAAAAGUUUACAGAACUUCUUGUUGAUAAAUUCAAUUUACGGUCAUUAGUUCUCUCAAUUAGAGAAGCAGGUCACACCAAUGAAAACAUCAACAUCAACACCAAUCCAGCCACACCACAACAACUACUCAGAUUCAUUACUCAAUAUGAGGCACCAAAUAUGGUUCAUGACCAUAUUAAUACUGCUAAUAAUUUAACUACAUUACCACCAACACUUCCACCAACUUUUGAAAAGGUUUUACAACACGUUAAUACUGAGAUGAAGAAGGUCAAAUCAAGAUAUCAAGGUGAAGAACUACACGAAGCAAUUGAAUCUGCAUUUACGUUGUUUAUUAUAAUUACUCACAGUCGUCUGUAUUCCAAUACGGAUAAGGUGUUAACUAAAUUUUUGAGAUCAACAUUCGAAGAACACGGUAGAUUGAAGAUUAAUGAAUUUCUUCGCACCGUACAAAGAGAGCAAACAUCCCCAUCCAAUUUAUUAACUAAUCUACAAAACAUCAAGUUAAUCAAUUCGAUGUUACCAUCCAAUUAUAGUGGUCGAGUCAUUUCAUCUGCACAAAAAUCUACAUACACUAGAGAUAUCAAACAUACAUUGGAACAUCAACAAAUCAUAUCGCUGGUGUUACGGAUGUGGAUUACCACAUUUUGCCAAUGA